GGCUCACCGGCCCCGAUGAGGCGGAAGGAGAAGCGGCUCCUGCAGGCGGUGGCGCUGGUGCUGGCGGCCCUGGUCCUUCUGCCCAACGUGGGGCUCUGGGCGCUGUACCGCGAGCGGCAGCCCGACGGCACCCCCGGGGGCUCGGGGGCGGCGGUGGUCCCGGCGGCCGGACUGGGCUCACACAAUCAGCAGAAGAAGAUACUUUUCGUGGGAGAUGGGCAGAAGCUGAAGGAUUGGCAUGACAAAGAAGCCAUCAGGAGGGACGCCCAGCGCGUAGGAAAUGGAGAACAAGGCAGACCUUACCCCAUGACCGACGCUGAGAGAGUGGAUCAGGCGUACCGAGAAAAUGGAUUUAACAUUUACGUCAGUGAUAAAAUCUCCCUGAAUCGCUCACUCCCUGAUAUCCGGCACCCAAACUGCAACAGUAAACGCUACCUGGAGACGCUCCCCAACACCAGCAUCAUCAUCCCCUUCCACAACGAGGGCUGGUCCUCUCUCCUCCGCACUGUCCACAGCGUGCUGAACCGCUCACCCUCGGAGCUGAUCGCCGAAAUUGUGCUGGUUGAUGACUUCAGUGAUCGAGAGCACCUGAAGAAGCCACUUGAAGACUACAUGGCCCUUUUCCCCAGUGUGAGGAUUCUUCGAACCAAGAAACGGGAAGGGCUGAUAAGAACCCGGAUGCUGGGGGCCUCAGCGGCAACUGGGGAUGUCAUCACAUUCUUAGACUCACACUGUGAAGCUAAUGUUAACUGGCUUCCCCCCUUGCUUGACCGUAUCGCUCGGAACCGCAAGACCAUCGUGUGCCCAAUGAUUGAUGUGAUUGACCACGAUGACUUCCGGUACGAAACACAAGCGGGGGAUGCCAUGCGGGGCGCCUUUGACUGGGAGAUGUACUAUAAGCGGAUCCCAAUUCCUCCAGAACUGCAGAAAGCUGACCCCAGUGAUCCGUUUGAGUCUCCCGUGAUGGCCGGUGGACUGUUCGCUGUGGAUCGGAAAUGGUUCUGGGAGCUGGGCGGGUACGACCCAGGCCUGGAGAUCUGGGGAGGGGAGCAGUAUGAAAUCUCAUUCAAGGUGUGGAUGUGCGGGGGCCGCAUGGAGGACAUUCCCUGCUCCAGGGUGGGCCAUAUCUACAGGAAGUAUGUACCCUACAAGGUCCCCGCUGGAGUCAGCCUGGCUCGGAACCUGAAGCGAGUGGCCGAGGUGUGGAUGGACGAGUACGCGGAGCACAUUUACCAGCGCCGGCCGGAGUACCGCCACCUGUCCGCCGGGGACGUCGCGGCCCAGAAGAAGCUGCGCAGCGCUCUUAACUGCAAGAGCUUCAAGUGGUUCAUGACCAAGAUCGCCUGGGACCUGCCCAAAUUCUACCCGCCCGUGGAGCCCCCGGCCGCAGCUUGGGGGGAGAUCCACAAUGUGGGCACAGGAUUGUGUGUCGACACGAAGCACGGGGCCCUGGGCUCCCCGCUGAGACUGGAGAGCUGCGUCCGGGGCCGCGGGGAGGCUGCCUGGAACAAUAUGCAGGUGUUCACCUUCACGUGGAGGGAGGACAUCCGGCCCGGAGACCCCCAGCACACCAAGAAGUUCUGCUUUGAUGCCAUCUCCAACACCAGCCCAGUCACCCUGUAUGACUGCCACAGCAUGAAGGGCAACCAGCUAUGGAAGUACCGCAAAGACAAGACCCUGUACCACCCAGUCAGUGGCAGUUGCAUGGACUGCAGUGAAAGUGACCACCGGAUCUUCAUGAACACCUGUAACCCCUCUUCUCUCACUCAGCAGUGGCUAUUUGAACACACCAACUCGACAGUCUUGGAAAAAUUCAAUAGGAACUGAGCCCUCGCGCCUCCUCAGCAGGCCUAGUAGAGUCCUCCCUGGCACCGCCGCAGCCUUCCUCUCCUGAGGCGGGCAGGGCUUCCAUGGGCACCCUGAUGUGAAAGGUGCUGGCCGACCGGUCCCAGGCAAGAAGGGUUCUUAAAGCCAGAGCAAGGUGUCCGCCUGGUCCUUGAAGCCCAGUGGUGGAUGUGGGGCGGGGAGCAGACCCCACAAGAGGCCCCACAGAGGGCAAUGCCUGCUCUGACCCCCAAUGGUGUCAUGGAAAUCCAGGAGGGCCUUUUCAACUGUCACCAUGUUCCCUUGAGCAUUAUGUGGGAGGAAUGCAGGGCAGCCGUAGGCCACCCAAAAAUGGGUCCUACAAGGUUGCCUAGCCUUCAGAUGGCUCAUAUGUGAUGGUCCUUCAGAAAAAAAGAGGCAACUUUUGCCUGUGUGGGCAGCUUUGCAGCCCAGUGCCCUCCAUCCACGGCAGAAGGGAGGGGAGGGCGUCUUUCUCGGGGCCACUGGUGUCAGCCAUUUAGUAUCUGCCAGUCGUGGGCUAACUGCAGUUACUGCCCAGCUUCUGUCCUCUGUCACAGCCCUAGGUGAUGCAAUUGAAGGUCACACCUGGCUCCUCGCAGUGUUCAGUACUGAGCACUGGCCCACUGCCAGGGCUGGGGUCAGAAGUGGGACCCCCAGACAUUCCUCCGCCACCAUGGACACGUGGGAUCUCUCCUUGUUCUCUGGGCCCUUGAAAUGCCCACUUAUUGCUCUGCAGGCACAGGACAGCUCAGCCACCAGCUAUUCAGAGCUGAGUUCAGAUGGCCUCAGGCCCGUGGAAGAUGCCCUGGGAGAAGACCUCUAAACCAGAUACGCUGGCUGAAUUUCCCUGCUCAGUGCUUCCGUUUUCCUCUUUCUGUCUUGGGCAGUUUACCUGCCUUGAGAGGAGCAGACGGGUGAUGUGCUCACCUCACAAAAGUCUGGAGGCCUCCAGGGUGGACUGUGGGCAAGAUGCCCAGCCUCUGACCUCAUCGUGGCUCUAGUUCUCAUAGGGAACUUUAGAAUUUUCCAAGAACUCUAUCAUUGGAUCACAACCUAGAAUGCUACAUAGAAUUCUGGUAUUCUAGCAUCUAGCAUAGAUUUCUGGAAUGCUGUGAUUUAAAAGAGCCAGCCAAGUAUAGGCAGCCCCCAGCCUAGAGACAACCUCUGAAAUCCAAGGUUGGUUGGGGAGGGGUGGGGGGUGACCUGUGUCCAUCAGCUCAUACCGGAGACCUUGGUGUAACACGAUCCUCAGCGCAGACCUGAAGCCCUGCAACCUUCCACCACGCCCCCAGCUGCGGUGGAGUAAAGUACCCAGUGGCCCAAGAGCACAUGUACACCUAGCUCCGUGCCAGUCCCUCGUGUUUACCUUUUGCUUUGUUAAUUAUGUGUCAGACUCCCAGAGGGCUCCCAAACUAAUAGGAAUCAUUUCUGUAACCAGCCUGCCACCCACUGAUUCAGAAAUGGAAAUCAUAUUCUACAACCUAUGGCUUCCACCAGCUAGUCCAAGAAAUACUUGAAAUCAGUAUUCCAAUUAGAGUUGGAUCUCUGGAUUGUGUCAUUUACCAAUUAAGUGAGACAUCAAUCUGGGAACAGAGCCACGAAUCUGCCUUUGAGGUGCUGGCUGAGCUCAAGGCCAUCAUUUAUCUGGGGGGAGGGAAAUAAACACUCCCAACCACCACCACCCCGAUUAAGCAUAAAGCUGGCAAAGCAUCACUCCUCCACUCUGCCCCCGCACAAGCCCUGCCCUGGCCACCUGGCCACAGGAGGGGUGGCCCCUGUGCUUGCAAAAGCUUGCUCAUUGAUCCCUCGUGUCUUUUCCAAGUGAGUGCUAGAUCUUUAGAAGUGGCCCUCCAUAGGAAGGAGGCCGAAGAUGAGGCCCCUUCCAGGAGCUAGGAGAACAAGAGUGUUGAAGUUUGGAGAGGAGAAUUCGGGUUCAUCAUCAGAAAGCAAUGCAGCAUCAUUAAAAUAAAAACUGUGCCUUUUAAAAAGAAAAAAAUGCAAAUGUACAGCAAAUCCCUAAACUUGAAUACUUUCCUAGUGCCUUGCUAGACAAACCUACAGGGGCAGGGUUGGGGGUGGGGGGGACAUUUGUGGUGGUAUGUGCAGUUUCUGUUGGAUGAGUGUUUCUGAACUUCUCAUUUCAAGCAGGAGACGUUGGGCCUAGAGCAGGAUCUGAGACAGAGAAGCCCCUCAAGGGCCUGAUGCCAGAGUUCCAGUCCGUGCAAGUAACACCCCAGAUGAAAAGGGCAGCUGGACAACUCGUUUAGGUCUGUGGCCUGGUAGGGCCCCAGCAGCCCCGGGGAGAGGGCCUGUUUGGAGGCCAUGCCUAUAGCCCCCCAUCCCAGCCUCCAGACAGAGUGCAGAGCACAGGCUAGAUUCCCAGAUGGUGCACUCCAGGUGGGUGACCGUGUCCUCGGCAAGACCAGGACUCGUGGGCGAAACAGGAGCAGCAGCAAGCAGGCCUCUGCCUACCUCUUUCCCAUCUGUUGGUUCCCCUUUUGAGUCUGGUUUGGCACCCUCGAUGAAGGAGGGAUGCUGACCCUGAGCCGGUCUUGCCAAGCCCAAAUCCGGAGGUGCUGGGACUUGAGUGUGUGACAGGGGAAGGAAAGAGGAGUUCACUGCUUAGCCGACCAACUGAUGACAGAUACUGACCACUCGUUUGAGCCUCACUUUUGAAAACCACCUGUCUCAAAGAUUCAGGUUCCUGCUCACACUGCCAGCUGAUGCUCAGUCAAGCAGCCAGGAGGCUGUGGAGAUGCUGUCAUCUGGGUACCGAGUGAGAAUGUGGGCCCCUUUUCUCUUUAUUCUGAGCAUGAGGUCACAAAACAGGGUGUGGCUAGGAGGUAGAUGACCUUGUGGCCCACCAGCAGCCUUUCCAGAGGGGGCCUCCAGGGGCAUUUUGGAAUACAGAGAGCAUCUUUGCUGUAAAUACAAGGCCCUUGGAGGCGGUAAAUGUGCAGGCACACGUGUGAAAAGCCAUUGUACCGUGUGCCUCCAGCCAGAGCUUUCCACUUUGACAAUGGCCCAGGAGCCCUCCCUUCUCCCUUGAGGAAGAACUGGUUCAGAGGCAGAAGGGGACACUUCCACAAGGAGAGUGACAUUAGAUCUAGGGGAGAAAGAGCAGUCCUUGUUGCAGAUGUAGCAUAUAGAUCCCCAAAGUCCACAGUCUAGUCACUUUACAAACCUACCUGUUGAAUUUCUUUUUUUCUCCUUAAGAAAGAGACGAUCCUUGAAAAUGACUCCGUAUUUCUUCCUGCACAUCUUCGUUUUUCUGUCUCUGGAGUCCCGACAGAGUGGCAAAGCACUUUACAGUGGUAACUGAGAAAUCUGGAUUCCUUGCUUCAGCGACCCUUAGUUUGUACAGAUCGGGUGAUGUUUUAUAAUUCCCGGGGAGGCAGUGCAUUUUUAAUGUUUUCUGAAGAUUUUUAGGAGAGGGGCAAGGAGUGCAGUCCUGUUCUGGAAUUCUUUUCUACUUUCUCUUUGUGAAAAUCCAAGUAAUAUUUCAGUUCAAACUUGAUCCUGAGCCCAGGCCCACAGCCACCUCUGGGAUGGGAGCUGGAUCUACAUCCCAAGUGACAAGGUCCUCGCAACAACAUCUGCUUCCCAGAAGGCUGUGAUUCUGCUAUGUCAGAUAACAGGGUCGGGCUCCUGCUCUGUUUUUGGCUUGAAGACUGGGAUCCCAAAGGGACUACAGGCAGGGAAUAUUGAGAUGGCAGCCUGGGUAUUCCAUCUUGAGAUGCUCAAGACCACCAACCUCUCUUCUCCUGCCUGGAAAAGUAAGCCUUUGUGAAGAACUGACUUACUGUGUACAGUUGUGAUUGUGACUGUUGUUAAAUAAACCUCCAGACUUUGUCUAA